CCCGCUCGCCUUUCACGCCUAUGUAUUCGACAACAGAAUCAGCGCCACCUGGCGGCCAAACGGCGCAGUGUGUGAAUGUAAAUAAAAUCUCACGCCACUCAAAAAUUCGUUAACAAAAACAAUAGAAUAGGAACAACAAAAGCAAAGCAAUAAAUUAUAACAAAUUCAAAGACAACCAAAUUUAGAUAACUCGAUAUAUGCAAGCAGAGAUAGAGACCGCGAGUGCCAGGGCGAACGACAAUCCCCCGCAGCCGAGGAAAACGAAGACAAAGACGGCAACAGCAACAGCAACGGCAACGGAUGCAGAGACGGACGAGAGCCGGCGGAGAAGGAAGGCCAUGGAUGACUACGACAUCGAUAUCGAUCUGAAUUUCGUGCAACUGAGCCGCCAGCAACUGCUGCAGCGCUACAGCAGUGCCGUGCGCCAGCUGCGUCGCCUGGCCGAGGCCCACCGCGAGGUGCGACCCCUGUCCUUCGACAGUUACGUGCUGUUCCAGUACUUUCAUCAGCGCAACUGGCGACAGCGAAAUGUCGGCGGGGGCGGCGGCGGAGGCGCUGUCAGUGCAACGUUGGUACCGCCGCCGCAACUGAUGGCCUACCUCAAGCUGGAGGUGCUGCACCAUUUGCUGGACCGCCGGCGCCAGAUCCUCUGCUGGCUCUUCUACCUUACGCUCGUGUCGCUGUGCGUGGCCGCGUACCGCUACGAGGCAUCGGGCGGUGGCAGCGAGCGCGUUGUCCAGUCGACGGUGUAUCCCGGGAUGCGGAUGUGGCGGCGCAUGACCAUGCCGCUGAUCCAGCGCUUUCCUCGGCUCACCGAGCUCUACGACGAGUCCUGUCUGAUGGGCAAUCCCUUUUUCCAGAUGGAGGACCUCAGCUGCGGCCCCUGCGCCAAUGUGGAGAGCGUCUGGUUUGAGAGCGAUGAGUGCGCCCAGCUGCAUGCCACCGUCAGUGGCAGUGUCAGCGGCAGCGACAGAGACAGUGACAACGGCUUGUCCCUGCUCCAGAAGUGCCGCCAGACGAUGGCCGAGGGGGACAGUGUGCCGUUUGCGUUCAAGAGCCAGCAGGAUGCCAUGGAUCUGAGCGACUUCUACAACAUCUAUGCCAGCAACCACGUGAUCUUCCAGCGCGAUGCUUACCGGGUGCACUCCACCAACCAGGGUGUCCACAAUCUCGAGGAUCUCUUCGGCCAGUUCAACAGCAGCAACAGUGGCAGUGGCAGCAGCGACAUGAACACAAAAGCCGAUCCACCUACCUGGACACAGCAGGCGCACAAUCUGUGGCGCUGCAAUCGCAUGCUUCCCGCUCGCCUGCUGCGCCCCAUCUUUGCCCGGCCGUCCCGCCUUCCCAGCCUGGGCGUCGCCCUGGAGCGCUACAUGGCCAUCGACACGUCCCAGGCGCCGGCCUAUACGCUGCCGGAGACCGAGUGCCCCCAAGUGUGUAUGUCCCCGGCGCAGGCGGUGGGCACUCGCUUCAUCAUCCUGCGGCCCACCAGCGAGUGUCGGCACCGCUGCCGCACCCUCUCCAUUCGUCUCACGCAGUCCUUUGUCCUCAGCUACAACUGGCUGUAUUGGAAGCCGAUCUCGGCCCCGGAUCCCAUAUCCGAGUCCCUCUCCAUCAGCCUGAUCGGUUCCUACUGCUAGAGGGGUGCUGCUCCACAUCCCAGCGCCAUACACAUUUAAAUGCAUAAUACAUACAUACAUAUAUCCACGCGCAUAUACAUACAUAUGUAUCCACGAUGCAAAAUUAGUCAACGAACAUGGGAACGCCAUGACUGGCAUGGCUGCAUGGCUGCAUGAAUCCCAGAAUCAAAGCCAACCAACUGCAAGAAGAUGGAAGGGUCACAGAGGGAGCUGUGUGUGGCGAUCAUUCCAAAUGGCCAGCACAUCGCGGGAUGUUUCCUUCCGUGGCCACAUCGACUGUGUGUGUGUGUGUGUGUGUGCGUCGUGUACAUCGAUCGUCCUGCGUAAUCCUCAUCGUCCUAGUUUAUAAGAAGCCUUAGCCUUAGUCAGCAUGCUCUUGUCCCACCCGUUUCUGUCCUAUGUUCGUCUUCGUCUUUUUAACCAUUUUGCAUUUAUGCUCGGUUUAACCUCAGUCUAAACCAGUCCAAAUCGAUCCCUAAUCGGAUUGCAGAGAUGGAAAACAGGAAAAAAAUAGGAAAAACAGGUUCGUUCUUUUGUAAAUAUCCGUGGCCAGACCUGAGUUUUACUUUGUGUGUUUUUUCAACAAGGAAUCACUGAAUAAAUGAACCUUAUAACAAUUUAA